AUGUCAUUCAAAUCAAAGGAUCUCGCAUAUGAGGCGAAGCAGCCUGCUUUCUUACAGAGACUGAAGAAUCAAUACGGCGAUACCUCUGGACGCCUCGAAAGACCCAUUGCGCGGCCACGGAAACCGAGGGAUGACAAUGACGACGAUGCCCCUACCUACGUUGAUGAAGAGAGCAACGAGAUCAUCUCCAAAGAGGAAUACGAAGCUUUAGUUCGUGGCGAAGAUAACAAGGAUACCGAGGAUUCCCAUAAGGACACAAAAGAGCCUGCGACGGGUGAAGAAGGUAAAGCGAAUACCCAGGCCGAGGCACCUGUCUCCAAACAGAACGUGGCCGAAAUAGGAGGGCCACGGAAAAGGAAACAGGCCAAAGUAGUGGGAGAGGACAAUCCCAGUGAAGAGACAGAGAAGGUAGAGAAGAAAGAAUCAGGCACUCGGAAACCAAAACAGAAGAAGAAGAUCAAGCUAUCCUUUGACGAUGAUGACUCAUAA